UACAUCAACUACUUCUCCUCGUUGUUAUCCGGUGCGAUUCGGGUGAAUUCGGCUCCUCUCUAUCUACAUCGGAUCACCGUUUCACAUCUCGUCGGAAGAGUGCUUUCAUUGAAAAUCUAUGAACGACUGAAGCCAGUUUACCAAUCUCUACCAACAGACGACACACGUGUGGUGCUCUUUUGCUGCCAAAUCAACACCUGUGCGCUUGACGUUCCACCGAGGGGAACCGUUUUGGUGUUCCACAAGGAGGAGCUUGAUCUCAUUUUU